UUUGGUUUCAGAUUCGACCCAACUUUUUUCAAUCUACUCAGACCGAUUCUCAUCUUUACAGCCUCACAUCCGCAGGAUCGCGUCACUCGACUUUUUUUGCGCCUCUGGUGCACGCCCUAUCAUGCCUACGAUUCCAUGAUUGAAUAUGUUGUAGAAGCAUGUCGCUCACCGAGAUACGAAAUGUCGUCCUCCUGUUCAGUAAUCCAGUAUGGAGCGGCGCAAGUACGGUUCCGUCUACAAUCAUCCGAAACCUUACGGCUCUCUCAUCCGACAUAGCAUAUAAGGAGCGCAUCUCCACCAACAUCACGACCCUUACCACCACGAAUCCCGAUGCAAGUAACGGCCUCAUCAACGGCCUUCUGUACGUCCCCGAUCUCGACAACAACCGCGAGUGCGACCAAUUACAGUACCAAUUCAUCCCUCGAAAUGUCACCCGUCGAAGCAACCUCCCCCCUCAAAAUUACAACCUCAUCGCUCUCGCCCCUUGGUUCAGCAUCGACUGUACCUUGUCUUACCUCGCUUCUGCGCGUCUCGACCCCAUUCGCGCUUUUAUCUUCUACAAACCCAACAAUUCAUCGAAUCAGCCUCAAGAUGCCGACUCGCCUGUUUGGAACCUGGAGGACGGCGGAGCUUGGAUGACCGCUAACAAGUAUCCCAUAUAUGCCAUUUCUGGCCAAGAAGGUCAAAAUAUGAUGAAGCAGCUUAGUUAUUAUUCCGGCAGUGUGGACGACAUUCCUUACGGCGAGAACAUAAGCACGAUUUACGGCCCAAACCCGAGAGAUUAUGUCCGUAUUUGGACCGAACUAUCCGUUGAGGACGAAUCAAAUAUUCCUCCACUCUGGGCUUUCUUUCUUAUAGUUAUUGGUGCUUUACUGGCUAUAUUUGCGUUCGUAUCGAUAACUAUGCACCUGGUGCAGAGGCGGCGCCGCAUAUCACUCCGGAAAAGGGUCGAGUCUGGCGAAGUCGAUCUUGAGGCCAUGGGUAUAAAACGCCUUACAAUACCCACCACCCAUAUCAAUAGUUUCCCAUUAUUCACAUACAACGCGGAUCCCGAAUCGGUGGCACCGCCCCCGACGCCUUCAUCGACACGCCGUCAUCGAAGUCAUCGAGGGUUCGAUCAACAAAGCGUUCGAUCCGGUGUCAGCGUCCGAAGCAAACGAUCUGGAAUUGGAGCAACUGGCGACAAUGCUGCCACCAACUUCCAUACCCAGCUUGCCACAUAUGCCUAACCAAUUUUGAACAUCGAGUGACCAUCAUUCAAGAGCUUUCAUGCGGGCACAUAUUCCAUCCGGAAUGUAUUGACCAGUUCCUGUCGAAAAACAGUUCCCUCUGUCCAAUGUGCCAACAUUCAAUGUAACGCAACAGGCUACAGUCCUAAAAUCACGAAUGCUCUGGCUCGCCCAGAGCGUGCCCUUAUCAAAUUACACCAAACAGUUGAUCUCGAGGAUCUUUCCGAGGAAGGCGAUAACACCAAGAUGAAGGACUGGGGUAAACGACUAUUCCGGACUUCGUCGUCGCCCUCAAGGCCCCCCUCGGCACCCUUGGUUUCUUUGAAACUUCCGACAUUUAUACGACGACCUGCCGCAGAACCGGCUACAACGGAAACGCAAGAAGGAACGGAGAGACAAUCCCCACCCAUUGGUCCCGCUGCACAGCCUGAGCAAGAAUCGAACAUCCGUCCGCCCGCCCCAACUACGACUCCGAGAACGAGAAGAGCCAAGCCCAAGCGUCUGAAUAUGCUUCCAACACAGCCAGAAAAUUCGGAGCUGAGUACAGAGCCAACACCACGACGUGGCAGCCCGUCUUCCUUUGCUCGACAGCGUAUGCGCGAAAUUGCAGCCAAGAACGCACCCUUUGACGACCCCGAUUCCCAAAGGGCAAUCUGGCUGCGAGCUCUUUCCAAGGUUUUUCCUGGCUAUUUCUAACCCAGCUUGGAGUGUUUUAAAUUUCGGCGACAACUCAUGUUGCAUUUAUUGGAUGGACAUGGCUUUUCGGCGUUUUGUGUCAUGAGCGGGGUUUUAGGGAUAUGGGCUGAUACCAUGGACGGCAAUUGUUUUUCACGACUAUUACUAAGAUUUAUUGGUGCAUUGGGUAGGCAUUAAUGAGGCGUUGGCUCGGUUUAUGAGAUUUAUAUAUAUGCAUGCAAUCAGGGCCAUAGUCCGCCGUAGGAAGGCGGGCUCGCAAUGGCCCGUCGGCUAUGUCCAUUGCUACGAGAAAAGGUUUUCAAUCUAGGUGAAGCAACAUCAUCAAGACAGUGGCUGGAAAGCCUGUGAGGAAUCAAGGCAUCGUCAAUAAAGAAAGACAUACCCAUACAAAGAAUAUACAAACG